CCAUACUGACGGCUGCUUCCUGGUCAGUGGCGGGGACGGGGUCGUCCCAUGGUUUGUCCAUCUAUUUAUACCAUACUCCUCUUAAUACGGAGCCCUCUACAGCUGCCAGUGUGACUACAUUUGGAGCGACAGUCCGGUGGGGACUGCGGCGCAGUGCAUGAAUGCUGACAUCCACAGUUUUGAAAAGCAAAGAGACACAUAUGCAAACACUCAAUUAUGUUUGAACAUAUUUGUGAGCCACAUAGUCAUUCAUUUGUGAACAUAUGAUGGCAACCAUGAUGUAGCCAACAGGGACUUUUUUUGUCACUUCUCUCUGUGCGUGUUGCCAAGUCAUGAGCAAUGUCUCACCCACCAAGGAACAACAUUGUCUGCAACCUCUGAUUGGUUGGCUCUCAGCAAAGAAAGUCAAUAGGUCCAAUGGAAUCUGAAUCGCCAUUUCACUGGAGAAAAGUUUGACUCUGGUUUGUUAAAAAGUGGAAAAAAGCAACCCAUCUGUUUUUAUAUGCUUUUUGAAUAACUCGAGGCGAAGAGAGUCAACUGAAUCAUCCUGAGGGACAUGGACACCAUGGAGAACCUAGUCCUGGAGCCCAGAUCAGAGCGGAUCGCUCGCUACAAAGCAGAGAGGAGGCGAGAACUGGCUGAGCGCUUCGGCAACCUGGAGGAGCUACCUACCAAGUGGGUGAGGAGGGAUGGGAAAGAGGUCCACGACCCAGAGACCCACAACCAGAGAGGAACUUUAGACUCAGAUGGCCUCAGUGAAAGAGUUAACGGCAGGACGCGCAGGGUUACUAACGGAAUAGAGGAGUCCAACCACUUGAAGAGUUGCCCUGACGUUGGGCGGUCCACCUCCUCUUUGGAUCUGGCUGUAAAGCCUGGCUCUGAGGGGGGGCGGCGACGCACCCGGCGUUACCUCCCCAGCGGGUCAGGCGGGGGUCGCAAGACCAGCGAGCGCUUCAGGACACAGCCGAUCACAGCCAAUGAGAUGGAGGAGAGCAGCGGGGGGUUGGACGCAGAGGAAGAGGAGAAUUGCAAAGCUGAUGUGAAAACAGAUGACAGAGCCAAAAUGAGUGUGGCAGCCAAGAUGUCUUUGUUUAAAGAGCUGGAGAAAUCAGCUGCCCCCGAGGCCUCGGCCUUCCUGAAGCCUCGCUCAGGCAGCGUCUCUCAUGAGCGCAGGACGCGCCGUGGCAACGAUCAUCGCUUCCUUACUCAGCCAAUCACCUGUGAGGAAAUCGUGGCAAUCAGCGCCCCCAAACCAGUGGAGCCCCAGUCUGCGCCGGCUGAGGCGGUGGAGGAUGCUGAUGAGAGCUCCAAGCUGAGCAUGAGUGAGAAGCUGGCACUCUUCAACAAACUGUCCCUCACAGGGAAGCAGGAGGGCGGCCCCGCUGACGGGCCCCCAGAGAGACGGAGGCAGAAGGGGGCCAGGUACCGCACACAGCCCAUCACUGUGGAGGAGGUCAGCCUGCUCCAGAAAGGCCCCGUUCAGCUUCCUGCCUUCUCUUUGUCCCCUCAUCUGUCCGACAGACAGCAGGACUCGUCUGUCAAUCUGAAACCCAGUGAGCUACGCCUCUCCCAGCCAAGUCCUGACUCCGGCCCCGUGUCUGGAGAGGGUCUGCAGCUGCACGACUCUGAGCCCGUCCUGAGAGGAAUCCUGAAGAAGAGCUGCUCCGGAGGCUCCGAGUGGAGCAGGGCGACCUGCCAUGAACAGAAUGGUGGAGGUUGUGAAGAUGCAGGAGCACAAGGGAGGAUGGAGAGCACAGAGCGGCAGGAAGUGCCUGCAGCCCCACGGAGAGAGAGGCGCCAGGCUCCAGGUGUGGAGGGGGGCUCGCUGCCUGCCGCUCCCUGGAGGCAGAGGGCUCGCACCAGAAGGGAAACCAUUGCCUGUACACCGAUAAGAGCUGUGCCAGAGCAGGACGCUGCGCAGGGGGAGAGGGGGGGCCAGACAGAGCUGCAGGAGCAGCUGCUCUCCUCUGUGGAGCACCGCUCAGAUACUACUGGGAGAGUUCUGCAGCAGAAUGAGGAGCAGAGUGAGAGGAGGAGGAUGAAUGAAGAAACCCCAGCCGUGGGACAUGUUGAGGUCACACUGCUAGAUGGCAACAGUAACCUGCAGGAGUCCACCAACACCAGCAGAAGAAAGGAAGAGACAGAACACCUUCAUGUGGACGGUGUCACCCCUCAGUGCUGGGAUCCCGUCUUUGCUUCUGUCUUUUCUAGCAGUACCCCCCAAUAUAUCAUGUGUUUCAAUCAGACAAAUUUGUCUUUUGAGGCACAAGAAGUCUCCUCUCCUACCAAGGUUCCGAUUCAGCCUCAGCGGAGACGGAAGGUUAAUGGAGUUGAGGAUGAGAAUGGCGAAGACGAGGACAUGAAUACAGAGCAGGAAAGGAAAGAGAAAAAUGCCGGAUGUUUAGCCCAGAGAGGAUCUCCAGAAUCAGACAGAAAUGAAACCUCUCAUUACAAAGGACUCUCUGAAGCUCCAACACACACAUGUUUUGAGACCUUUCCUGUUAGAACAAACUAUUUAGAGAAAUCUAUUUCCUCAACAGAAAUCUCCCUGCAGCCUUUAACAGAGUUUGAAGAUCCACAGGGCUCUCGGCUCUCGGUGUCUCCACAUAAGGUGAGGGAGGAGACGCCUGUGGAUGAAUCAAACGCUGAUGGAGGUUCCUACAGAGAUCAGUCAGCUCCCUCGGCCUGUGCCCCCCCACCUUGUGGAGACGCUGCUGCCGCAGAGAGUGAGCAGGACCUCGGCGUCCUCUGCCAGACCAACGCACCCAUACUGACAUCGGCAGUAGCGAAGCACAGGCGGUCGGUGCGUCCUUCCCGCCGUACGCAGGGCUCCAGAAACCCUCUGAGGGCCCUGGCCGCCCGGGAGGACAUCCGGCAGGACUACAUGGGGGAGAGAGUGGACUCAGCGUCUGAAGAGAGCAACCAAUCAGAGAAGAAGUCCAAGAACCCGUCUGUGACAGAAUCAAAUCUUUCCAGAGCAGAAGACGUCCUCUCUUCCUCAGACACAACCAAGUCUUCUCCUCCCUUCAGCAGCCUCAUGCUCAUUCACAUCAAAGGUAGGCGGCAGGUCCAGGUGCGUCUGGUGGAGCCCUCAGCGCGCUCCCUGAACAGUGGAGACUGCUUCCUGCUGGUCGCCCCGCAGCACUGCGUCCUGUGGAGCGGAGAGUUCGCCAAUGAACAUGAGAGAACCAAGGCCUCUGAGCUGGCAUCAUCCAUCCAGAGUCAGAGGGGUCUGGGCUGCCAGGCCUCCCAGGUGGUCCACCUGGAGGAGGGGGUAGACUGUGACGGCAGCCUGGCAAAAGACUUCUGGGGCCUUCUGGGAGGACGGACACAAUACAGAGGAGCCAGUGCAGAGGAGGAGGAUGAGCUCUAUGAGCGUGGGGUGGUGGAGUCGAACUGUGUGUACCGGCUGGUGGAGAACAGGCUGGUGCCUCAUGAGCAGGCCUGGGCCUCCAUCCCCAGUGUCUCCCUGCUGGGCUCCACUGAGGCCCUGGUGUUUGAUUUCGGCAGUGAGGUGUACCUGUGGCAUGGCCAGGAUGUCUCCCUCAGUAGGAGGAACGUUGCCUUCCAGCUAAGUCACCAAGUGUGGGUCGGUCCUUAUGACUACAGCAACUGUGGAGUGAAUCCGCUGGAUCCCACGCAGUGUAACCCCAACACACCGCUAAGGGGAGAGGGGCGUCCCAGCUGGGCGUUGUUCGGUUGUGUCUCAGAGCACAGCGAGACUGCUCUGUUCAGGGAGAAGUUCCUGGACUGGACAGUCAGGAGUGGAGGCACGGAGGAAGCUGCUGCUGUGAGCCACAACACACAGCCUGUCCCAGUUCAGUCUUCCGAGUUAAUGCCCCCAUCCUCAGACGUCUUAAGUGCCUGUGAUGCCAAAGCCUUAGUGUCCGGUCAGUUACUAGAAGGGGAUGGCGUGGUCCAUAACGUGUUGGCUGGGGUUGACGUCCAGAGGGGGCACGGGGUCAUCAUGCUGGAGGAAGGAGGUCAGAUGGAGCUGAAGACAGUUGCUGUGGACACGUGGCACGUCCAGGAGUUUGAUGACAGCGAAGUUCCCGUGGAGAGUACCGGGCAGCUUCACGAAGGAGACUCCUACGUCAUCCGCUGGACGUACAGUAUCAACACUGUCGAUAAGAUGAACAGCACUGAUGAGUGUAGUGGAAGUCCCGAACAAAAAGAAAACACUGCCUUCUUCCUGUGGCGGGGCCGUCACUCCAGUGUCAGCGGACGGGACACCGCUGCUUUCCUGUCCAUUGGGACGAACAAGCAAGGGGAGUCACAGGUGGUGGUUCCUCAGGGAAAGGAACCUCCCUGCUUCCUGCAGCUUUUCCAGGGAGGCCUGGUCGUUCACAAGGGCAAGAGAGAGGAAGCCUCCACUAAUGCAGCAGAGUGGCGUCUCUUCUGUGUGCGCGGAGAACUCCCUGAGGAAGGCUCUCUGUUGGAAGUGGAUUGCUGCUGUGCAGGUCUGAGGUCCAGGGGCUCUGUCGUCCUGCUCAGCAGCCAGCAGGGUCUGAUGUACCUCUGGACGGGCGGUAAGGCUCACAGCGGCUCCAGAGAGGUCAGCAAGAGGGCAGUGGAGCAUCUCACUCAAACGUGUCCACCAGAGCUGGGUCUCAGUAAAAGCAGCCCUGUGAAGGUGCAGGUGGUGGAGGAAGGCUCAGAGCCGGCAGAGUUCUGGACAGCACUGGGACAAAUGGACAGGAAGGCGUAUGACUGCAUGCUGCAAGAUCCCGGAAAGUAUAACUUCACACCUCGCCUCUUCCACCUGAGUGCCUUCUCUGGGAGUUUCCAGGCUGUCGAGCUGCAGAGUCCAACUCGGCUGCCGGGGGUCGUGAUGCCAUCGCCCUUCAUCCAGGAGAGCCUGUACUCUGUACCACAACCAGCUUUGUUCCUGCUGGAUAAUCGUCUGGAGGUGUACCUGUGGCAGAGGGGUCAGCCUGAGCAGACGGAGAGCUCGGCCUCAGCCUGGAGCUGCUGGCAUGCUGAGAGGAGGUGUGCCAUGCAGACGGCGCUGCAGUACUGCAAGGAGAUGAACCCAAGACGCCCACCGCAGGCUUACCUAAUUGUUGAGGGUUUAGAACCUCUUACCUUCACUAAUGUGUUUCCCCACUGGGAAAAGAGCCUGGGACCCCAUCCACAGGGUGAUGCGGGGCGGGUGAAGCUGACCUUGGUGCAGGACGCCCUGGCCCAGUUGAUGAAGACCCAGUACCCUCUGGAGGAGCUGCUGCAGAGCCCCCUGCCUGAAGGAGUGGACCCCCAGCGCCUGGAAGUCUACCUGUCUGAUCACGACUUCCAGAGUAUUUUGGAAAUGAAGAGAGAUGAAUACGCUUCCCUCCCAGACUGGAAGCAAAUUGAUCUGAAGAAAAGCAAAGGGCUGCUUAGCUAGACAGCGAAAACAAAUGGAGGCUGACUGAUGCUCCUGCAGCAGGGACUUCCUCCUCCACUGAGAAGAGAAGAUGGCAGGGGGGUAUUAGCACCGCGUUGCUGCACAAAGGACUGCUCACACUGUUAUAAAAAGAGGAAAGAAAUUAACUUUUAUUUAUGUCAAACUAGUAUGAGUGUUUAGACUUUUUAUCAGACAUGAAUUUCUCUGUAGCUAUUGUUCAGAGCAAAAAACAACACACCUUUUCCUAUUAAAGUCAACUUUAUCUGUACAAAUCAUUGAAAGAUAUAAAGAAAAUGUAUGAGGGUGUGAGCGAAGGACAUCAGUAACAAACUGUGGAAUAAGGAUAAGAAAACAAAGGAAUACAUACAAAGAAUAAAAGGCUAACUACUUUUAAAAAGGUUUCCUCCUCGAUUGAGAUCUUUCCAUCAAAAUAUCUCUGCAUUCUCGGAACUAAAGUUUUGCUUAAUUUCAGUUGAAAGAUUUUCAGCUGCUGCUUCUCUUCCUGAUUGUCACUACAAUCUUAAAAACAGUGUAUUUGACUCCUAUGAUGUGCAUUAUACAGUUGUAAGAGCUACUGAUGUGUUCAUUUGUCUGCCUGCCUUGUGUGUACAAAGGUUUGUGCCAUAUGUAUUUUAGCUUAAGCCCAUGUGUUCAUUGUUGCUGUGGGUAAUGCCUUAUUAGGACUCCUUGGGGAUUCAGUAUUAGCUAUGCAUGGGGGAGCAGGUAGACAUGCUCCAAUAACAUCCCUCUGGCCCCAAACAACACGCUAAUUCUGCUCCACCUCAAUCACCACGCUGUUCACAACACCCCUCCUAACACAAAAACCUAUAAAGACAUACGGCAUCUCUAUUGUGUGUGAAAGUGCAAUAUUUCUGAUAAUGGUAACACUGAGCUGAUGGUGAUUAAAAAUGUUUUGAUGUACUUUGGUGUAAUAUCCCAUUUCCUGUAUGAAUCUAAAUAGAAUGUUUAGCUUGAAUUCUUAUAAAACCCCCCCCCCCCACCUUUUUGUUGUCAAAAUUAAAAAAACAAAUGUU